AAAGGCAAGUCGGUCCCAUUGAAACUUUUUCUUCCCCAUUGGUCAUCUUAGACGGUAAUGCAUGUGCCAAAACGGAAUCACGCCAUUCCUUUCUCAGCAGCGAUGAGGGAAGAAUAUGCGACUCGUACAUAUCUUGAUCCUUUUAAACACGUAAAUCUUCGGGAUUCAAAUAUUGUAGAUUUAACCUAUCCAGAAACUGAUGUCGAUUCCGACGACGAUUUUGAUGGUGUCGUUGAAGAAUUAACCUAUCCAGAAACUGAUGUCGAUUCCGAGAGUGACGACGAUGAUUAUGAUGAGGUUGUUGAAGAUUUACCCGAUCCAGAAUUUGAUAUUUUAUCCCAAAUGGACCGCGAUUUUGGUGAUGCUGCAGUCAUGUCGAGCAAUACUCUAAUAGAAGCACGUUCAGCAGGUCAUCUCUUGUGGAUGAAGAAGCAGAGGAAGAACCAGGGGAGGUUGGAGUCGUCUUCAUCUGAAAAAUUCUACAUGGUUUACGUUGAUGUCUAUUUUAGAAAGAACAGGGAACCAAGAUAUGGGAUUACCCCAUCUGUGCUUACGUUGGUCUCGUCGAAAAAUAUUCGGAGUUAUUCAAGUUCAUGCCUACUUGGUGGCAAUGAUUAAAGCUGCGAAACUGCUCAAGACAUAUAUACGUACAGCAAGACAAGUAUACUUAAUUGGAGUGGAGUAAGAAGGGAGCCCAAGGCUGUCGAGAAUCCAAAUGUUGGAAUUGGUAGAUCAGAUGACUAACAGCGAUACACAACCAUGCAUGUUGGUAGCACGUAGAUGCAUUACUAUCAUUUCCGCAUCAACUAUUUGUCACCCAUGGUUGGCACACUGCAUAGACAGCGGCAAAGAUAACGGAAGGUAGCACAUGAUGAAUAUGUUCCCCUCUUGUACCAUGUAGCUUGUGUAUAAAAGGAGCACCAAAUGAACAAACCUUCAUCAAACAAUUUCUACUUACAUAACUUGUAUAUCCAAAUACCUUCUUCCUCUUCUACAGAAGCUGAAAAUGUCUUCCUCAAACAAAAUUGCUUACCACACUCGCUCCACCAGUCUGCCUACCAGAUCUCACCCUCUUGCUCUUGCAGUUGAGGAACAAUUGUGCAAAUUGAGAUCUUCAGAUCUCACCUCAUCCAUCUCCAACAACUUGGUUGCUCUAAAGAACUUGUAUGAAUGUGUUGAGGAUUUCCUUUCUACCGAAGACGGAAAAUGCUUAGACGCAGUCUUGGACAGAUCUGUCAUGUUAUUGGAUGUGUGUGGAACCAUUAAGGAUGUUUUGUCCAUGAUGAAACAAUCUGCCCAGGAUCUUCAGUCGUCUAUCCGAAGGCGAUCAAAUGAAUUUGACGCAUACAUGAGCUCAAGAAAGAAAGCAUGCAAAAUCAUCCGAAUCUGCCUUUCAGAUCUUAAAAGAAACACCAACAAGAACAAUGAUCUCGUCACCGAAGUCAGCCUCCUGGCAGAAGUUGAAGCAACUACGCUUGCAGUUUUUGAAUCUGUAUUGUCUUUCCUAUCUGGGCCAAAGCAAAGCAACUGGUCACUAGUCUCAAAGUUGACCACUAAACGCGCAGCACAACAAGUUGUUACUGAAGUAACUAAGGUUGAUGCCGCAUUGAAAAACAAAGUCAUUGAAGCAAAAGAAGUGCAGAAGCCAUUGGCUUCCCUUGAGAUGAACCUUCAAGAUCUUGAAGAUGGACUAGAAUCUGUCUUUCGGUGUUUGAUCAAGAACCGAGUUUCACUUCUUAACAUUCUUAACCAGUAGAUCCAUAGAUAUAUUCACCUCCCAUUGGUAUUUUCCGCAUUUUAUCAGGAAUUGCCUAAUGGA